AUGCUAAAGAAGAGGAGCAUCUGCUGUGUUCUUUGUCUGGUGUGUCCUCUUUGUGGUGGGUGCUGUGUCUGGUGUGUCCUCUGUCUGGUGUGUGCUCUGUCUGGUGUGUCCUCUGUCUGGUGUGUGCUGUUUGGUGUGUGCUCUUUGUGGUGUGUCCUCUGUCUGGUGUUUGCUCUGUCUGGUGUGUGCUCUGUCUGGUGUGUGCUCUGUCUGGUGUGUGCUCUGUCUGGUGUGUGCUCUGUCUGGCGUGUCCUCUGUCUGGUGUGUGCUCUGUCUGGUGUGUGCUCUGUCUGGUGUGUGCUCUGUCUGGCGUGUCCUCUGUCUGGUGUGUGCUCUGUCUGGCGUGUCCUCUGUCUGGUGUGUGCUCUGUCUGGUGUGUGCUCUGUCUGGUGUGUGCUCUGUCUGGUGUGUGCUCUGUCUGGUGUGUACUCUGUCUGGUGUGUCCUCUUUGUGGUGUGUCCUCUGUCUGGUGUGUGCUCUGUGUGGUGUGUCCUCUAUCUAGUGUGUGCUGUGUCUAGUGUGUCCUCCGUCUAG